UGUUAAUGAUUUGGUAAUACAGAUGGUAAAUAUAAGCGUCGGAGAGAGAGGGGAACAUUGUUGUUUUUCCUGCCGGCAUGUGUUCUUUAACAAUCAGGCUUCUAGAAUUUCUUGUUUAUUUCGGACUUCUCUCACGAUAGAGCGACAUUUCUGACAUUUCGUGCAUUUCGGGAUCGCGUGGAAACGUUUGACGCAUCGACAUGCAUGUCUCGCGAACGUCAAUAUACAUUGUGUCACACCUGUGUGUCCUUUUGAAUAUCGCUUAUUGCGAGGAAGCUGAUGAUAUAUUCGAUGAUGUCACGCCAUCCACUCCUGAACUCAGAAGUAUACAUACGUUCUUCUAUAUGUCUGCAGAUGAAGAUGACUUGGCCAAUUUAGAGACACGAAAGAACGAGCAAUCACUCACCAUGGCACAGUCGUGUAGUUGCAGAGAACUGGAUGAACGAAACACUCAAGAAGCAAUCUUUUACAAACGUUUGAUUACUAUAUUAUUAUCAAAUCUUGCGAUACAGAGAAAUGACGACAAAUUAGUAGGAACACUCAAUAUAGAAGCGUCUUCUUCGCAAUUUGAGUAUCUUCAGAAUUUUGUAAAUGGCCAGGGUUCUUUAAGGGAAGUUGACAGAAUUCUCAACAAUGCAUUAAGGCAGACUGAAUUCUCGGCAUGUGACUAUAUGGCUGAGGUGUCUUAUUAUUACAAUUUACUUGUGAACAAAGUGUUAGAGCAUUUGUGGUAUUAUCUAUCAUUUAUGAAAGAACACUUGGACAUAACUAUAAUUUCUUUUAUAGUCCUUGUUAGUUUUAUGAUUUUGAGAAGGCAAAAAUGGUCUCGGGGUUUAUUUAUCUUUCUCAUGAUUGAUGCUAUAUUUAUAAUUAGUUUUUUUAUUCAUUGGUGGCGACUUAUACAGGAAGCAGAAAUCAAAUUAAUGGCAGCACAGGCGCAAUUUGCAGAAAUGCCAAUUGCCUGCCAGCCGCAUAAAAUGAGUCUGUGGGAUAAAAUGGUUGCAUCGUUUUUUUCUACAAACGAUUGUGAAAAAUAUUAUGAAUCAAUCAUGACAAAUCCUAAACUGCAAGUGACACCGGCGUUUGCACUGACUCAUUUUCUCAGCACAGUCAUUUUUCAACCUUUAUCAUAUUUUGGACUCGUUAUAUCGGAAUUUAUAGAUAAUGCUACUGGUAAAUUGAACUUUUUGUACAAAGUCCCUAUUGUGAUCGCUCUUUUUUUAAGUGUUUGUGUAUGUAUAAUAUUGAUUCCGUUUUCCUGGAUUGGCGGAUCUAUUAAUUUCGGUAUUGGACCAUUUUUCAAAUUUGGAUUAAAAGGUAGAAAAAACUCCGAAAAGGAAGAGCGAAUUGUACGAAUUUACGAGGAAACUGCACCUAACAAGAGAUUGCAGGAUUCAAAAAAAAUGAAGCAAAUUACAUUAGGGCAAGAUAAUGAUUUUGCUGGAGGCGACACGGGUACUGACAUGCAUCAUUUAAGAAAAAAACAUAAAAAGUGCAAAUGUGAAAAUAAAAAUGGAGAUGGAGAUAUGGAAAAAGAAGAGAACGAUAGAGAUAGAGAUUACCAAUAAUAUUUCUUUCAACACAUACAAAGCGUUCUUACUCAGCUUUGUUUUACAUUAGUAAUUAUUAUUAUUUUUUUAAUUUACCAGUUAUUAAUUUUUAUAUUAAUAAUAAGCAUAUCGAAAUUAUAAUCUUAUUAUUUAUUUUAUGAUGCUAAGAAAAUUUUGAUGGCCAUAAGUCGAUUUUGAAAUAAUUCUAUAUAGUAUCGUUUUAAUAUUUCGAAAAUAUUCAAGAAAUUUAUAUCAUAAAAUGUAUAGUUUUUCAUAUUUUCGUUAAUCUAUUAUAGGUUAAUCUCAUUCAUAAAAAUAGUAUUGUAUCUAACAAGUGUGGAUGUACUGCGAAUUAUUGGUGCAGGAACACUGUAUUUGUAUAAAUUAUUACUACUUGCUGUGAUAAAUCUUGUAAUUGAUUGUAAGAUAAUGUUUAUUGCGCCAUAUAUGCAGCUUAUUAUGUACAGUUUAUUCCGAGUACCUUAUUAAACGAUACAUUGACUACUUAA